CAAGCGGAGGAGGCACGAGACGCACGGAGAGCCUCAACGCGGAUUAUCCAAAGAUAUUUUCGGCGGCAACAUGUUUUCGGUGUGUGUCAAAAUUUUGCUGUUGGUUUUGGUGUGUGCGCGUGCUGCCUCGGCUGCAACGAGGAGCAACGACAGUGCAAUAGGGAGGACCUUUGCCGCUUCAGACCGCUCAGUCACGGUUGAACCGAUACCAGACCCUGAUGACCCUGAUUAUGAUUACACACUGAACAAAACUGGUCGGGUGCGGAAUGAAACAACAGUCAUCAGGACGCACAUCUCUGAGGAGGCGCUGCUGUUUCUAACGGGCCCCGUGUCCACUGUCCUCAUCCCUUCCUUCUACACGCUGGUCUGCCUCAUUAGCGUUCCCAUCAACAUCUGUGCCGUGCUGGCCUUCGCUCGGAGGAUCCGUCCAAAGAAGCCGGCCGCCAUCUACAUGCUGAACCUGGCCUGCGCUGACCUCCUCUUUGCCACGCUGCUCCCCUUCAAGAUCUCCUACCACUUUGCUGGCAACAACUGGAUGUUCGGCCCUGUCAUGUGCCGCGUGGUCACUGCAGCUUUUUACUGGAACAUGUACUGUUCUGUUCUUCUCAUAGCGUGCAUCAGCGUGGACCGGCUUCUAGCUGUCGUCUAUCCCAUCGACUCUCUGGCUUGGAGAAGGCCGAGGAAUGCAACCAUUGCCUGCAUAGCAAUGUGGGUUCUCUCCUGUGCUAGUUCAGUGCCCCUUGUCCUCUCUGACCAAACAUUUCACCUGGAAGAACUGGGCAUCACCACCUGCCAUGACAUCCAGCGCACGCACGAUCUAAUUGGGCACUACAAGAUCUACUUCAUCACCCUGUGCUGCGCCCUCUUCUUCCUGCCUCUGAUCGUCAUUGUGGUGUCCUACACUCGGGUGAUCUGGUCGCUGAGCAGGGUCCCACGCGGGGUUCCAGGUCGCUCACGCAGAAGAACAAGAGCUGUGGUGAUGGCUCUGACUGUGCUGGUGAUGUUCUUGCUGUGUUUUACACCCACAAACUGUCUGCUCCUGGCACACUACCUGCAGUUCAACAAGGGCGUCGAGAUGAGCCAGGACAACCCCGACGGCUCCUACGCAGUCUAUCUGGUCUUUAUGUGUUUGGGAAGUCUUAACUGCCUCCUGGACCCUCUGGUGUACUACUUUGGAUCAUCACAGUGCCAGAGACAGCUGUCCAGUGCACUUAGGUGUAAGAAGAUUGUAAGGGGGAGCAGCAGCAGCCAUUCGUCCUCUAAUUCAUGCCGAUCCAGCAGCAGAACAAUUCUGAAAUCUGGCCGUACAGAGAACUCCACAAUAAACUCUUCAGUCACCAAAACAGACUCUUUUCAAGCAAACCUCAACAGCCAGUACAAGAAGCUUCUGGUCUGAUAGACUCACAUGAAGCAGACAUUAAGGCUUGUCCAUUUUGGUUAAUUUAGCUUUUGAUAGGCCGACACCCAUUAACUAGUAACUAAGUGGUUAUUUUUUAAGAAACAAAGGAAGUCUAUUACAAGUGGCAUUUUGUUUGCGGUGCUCCAUUGCCUCAGUGAGCUUUAGCACCACAUUCCAAAGCGCUAUCCAUUUAAAGGUGGUGAUAUUUGAAUGUUUGUGACAUAAAUGUCUUAACUUUUAUGUUCUGUUUGCUUUGUUGACACGUUAACAUGUGAAAACAUGCCCAUUAGGCUUGGGCAGUAUCUAAUUUUCCAUAUCCUCAUACCAAUCUUGAAAAUUAUACGGUAUAUAAAUAUAUGUCAUAUAUAUAUAUAUAAGUCUUAUACCAUAAAUGGCCCAAAAAUAAACUACUACUACCGUAGUCUAUUCUGGUAUACCCUCACUCAUAUACUCUGGUAUAUCCUGGUAUACCUCAACACUGUGAUAGCAACUAAGUGUAAUACCCAUCGCCCAAUCUUUGAGGUGAAGCUCAUUAGGCAAUCAGCUGGUAAAGCUGCCGAGGUGCCGGAGCACAUUGCUACAGGAAAUAAUGCCCAUUCCAGCUUGACCCAAUCAGUAUACACCUUCAUUUUGACCACAAAAUCCCUAUAGCAUUGUUGACUAUGUUAGCAUCACAAGACAUGCUGACAGUGCUAACAGUGGCGACCAUGGUAACAGUGAGAGCACAGUAAACAAAUGGGCUUUGCAGCUCAAAACUGAACUGCUUGCUCAAUGUGGUGAGCUUGGGGAUAACUGGAGGAUGGGCACAAUAUUUCCAAAGCAACGUUGUUGGGUGAGAAUGGCAUUAUUAGCUGUAAAUUGCAGAAUUUGCAACACUAGUUAACUAACUUUAGCUCCUACUUAGCCCGGUUCAGAUUUACUGCAGUUAACCAAGGAGUAAAAAUGAACCUGUAGACUGACGUGUAAAUGGUUAGAAAUCUUCCGGCAGUUAAUUGACAUUUAAAAGUUAACCGUUCAAAGUGACUUAACUGACUCCUACCUGUGAUUUUAAGAAAUAUUUUAUUAUGAAGGCCAAGUAAAAGGAGCUAAAGAACACAGAGUUAAUCUGCAGAGUUUAUCUAUCUGUAUAUUAUUUCCUGAUUAAAAUAAGGGGAGGAUAAUUCAACCUAUCAUGCCAAAAGAAAUACUUAAAACUCUUGGUUUCAUAACAAUGUGCCAUGGCAGACGCACAUGCCUUUGGACUUAUAAAUAAAGUAAAAAACGGACAGAAGGAAGGAAGAAAGUGAGAUUAGAUAAGAAUGUGUUUUCUAGAACAAUGUCGCUGAACAUUUGAUACUAUGAAAUGCUUUUAUUUUUGCACUGUAUAUAUGUAAGAGCUUAUAAACUGCAAGAUAACAUGUUGGUAUUACAUUUAAUGGAAGCAAAUUGCUUUCUAUUUUGUCUUUUUGUGUAUUUUUCAAUAUGUAUUUUUUGCUAAAAAGCGUAUUUCAAAGCACUUAUGUUUCACCUUUGCAAAGCUGUCAUUCGUGUUUUACUUUGUACUCAGAAAUAUAUUUUUACUACCUUUUUUGUUACCACUUUUGGUCUCUGAAUAUAAUAUUGUAAUAGUGUUUUAAAGGUAACCAAUGCAUAUUUGUUUCAUGCUGCUCUCUGCUGGUCGGAAUUGUGAAGUACUUAAAGUGUAUCAUAUAUGAGGCUGUUGCACCAUUGUUCAGGUUCUUUUCUCCUCCAGCAGAUAGCGCCACUGUUCUGUUAAUUAAAGGUAACCUGAAGGAUAGAAUCUGACCUCAACUACCGCUUUCUCACUGUGUACUAUUCACAUAAUCAGAAAUCUUGUCAUAGUGUAAAGGAACUACUGACUGAAUAAAUAGCAUUGAAUAUCAA